UCAAAACAUCAAAACAAUUGAAUAUUUUAAGCUGUUACAUGAUGUAUUGAUUACUUCAGACCACACAAAAGGUGUUUUCCAGUUGAAUCAUCUUUAAAUUAUAUCGAAAACCUUCGAAAAUGUCAUUGUACGACGAUUUAGAUCUAAAAACUAGAACCACAGAAAACGUCCAGGGAUGGUCGUCGGGCAUAAAGCUGCUGCAGUCGCAAAUGCAGCUAAAAAAGGCGACAGUAACACAGCCAAAGCGAGAAGCAACACGAAAGGCAAGUUUGGCGCCGGUUAUCGACUUGAAAACAAAACGCGAGGAGGACGAGCCAUUAACAUUCACUAAAACCAAAACGGAGCCGAACUGGCCUAUAUUAAGUAAUCCAAGUACGUACGGAAGUGAUCUGGACUGGAAUGUUGUGGAUGAGUAUGAUCCUCUUUGGCCAAAUGAAUAUGAAAAAGAGGUGAAAGAUAUGAGAGACAGGCGAGAGAGGGAUCGAGAUCGUGAACGGGAGAGGGACAGGGAAAGGGACAGACCUAGAGAUGUUGAAAAAGAGGAGAAGAGGAAGGAACGGCGGCGGAAAUCUAGAUUUAAUGAUCCUGAGGAUAGUCCUCCUCCUGUUGCGGCCCCACAAAUGAGUCAACCACCCAUUGGAAGUGGAUUUGCAGGUCGUUGGGCUGAAGAGGAUGAAAUGGAGCCAAUACAAAAACAGUCUAGACCAACUGGUGGAGUGGCAAUAGCCCCACCCCCCAGUUUGCAAGAGGCGAUCGAAUCCGCCCCAGUAUUCCCCAACAAACCCCAACCAGUCGUUAAUUACGGUGCAAGUUCCAUAGCAGCUAAAAUAAUGGCCAAGUAUGGAUUUAAAGAGGGUCAAGGCUUGGGUAAGCAGGAGCAGGGGAUGGCCAGUGCUUUGCAGGUGGAGAAGACUUCGAAGAGGGGCGGUAGAAUUAUACACGAAAAGGAAAUUAUGCCGCCUCCAACGACUGUGGAAGUGGAGCAGCCACAACCACAGACUAUUACAGAAAUAAUGAAAAAUCCCAGUAAAGUGGUUCUUUUAAAAAAUAUGGUGGGUCCAGGGGAGGUGGAUGAUGAUCUAGAACCAGAAGUUAAAGAUGAAUGCAACACGAAAUAUGGACCAGUGGCGAGUGUUAUUAUUCACGAAAUUCCCACAGAAGAUUCAGAAGAAGCAGUUCGAAUAUUUGUCGAGUUUUUGCGCAUUGAAAGUGCGAUAAAGGCGGUGGUUGACUUGAACGGUAGAUUUUUCGGGGGCAGGCAGGUGAAAGCAACAUUUUAUGACACCGAAAAAUUUGAUAAUUUGCAAUUAAUGGAUUAAAUAUUCAAAUGGAUUCAACUAUUUAUGUAAUUAAUAUGUUUAAUAAACGUAUUUCGUAAUUAU